CCAUGACCACCGCAUGCUUCACGACAAUCUUGAAUUGCAUCGCGUGCUGUCCAGGCGCAAAGUGGUUUUGUCGCUGAGGACAAUGCAUGAAUUUCCAUUCCUUUUUCGCUCAUCAAAUUUUUAUCAUCCGAGUGAUUUCAAAUUUGAUCAAAUUUGUCCAAGAAAAGCAAAUCAACAAUUACAGGAGUUAAUUGAAAGGAUAAUUGAAGAAAUCAAAGAACCAAUUCAAUGUAUUGUUUACAUUGGCGAUUUUUACUAUCGAGAAGUAAUAAAAUUUUUUGAAUUAAAAAUUUCACAUCAAUUUCCUAUUUAUCAGAAAUCGUCUCAUUGACACGCGUGGAAUGUUUAUAAUGAUGAACGAUUUUCGAUUAUUACAACCGCAAAUGCAAUAUCUUUGGAAUCGAAUAAUAAAUGUGAUUUUUAUAAGACGAUAUAAUGUAUUUAAAAGACGUUCUGGUGAGCAAGUGAUUCGUGAAUGGUACGAUUUAAAUACACUUUAUUAUCCUGUAACUGUAAAAGGACUUGUUGUAACGAAAUACAUUGAUUCUUGGUAUCGUGGAAGAUUUCGUUACAAUAUUAAUCAUUUUCCAUUGAAAACACAAAAUUUACGGCGCAAACGUUUAAGAAUUGCUGUAUUUCAACAUAUACCGGCAGUAACGGAAAUUGCGAUAAACUUUUUCAAAAAUCCUUUCAAAAAAACAUCACAUGCCUUGGGAUUGGAAUUUGAACUUAUGAGAAUAAUUGCUGAAUCAAUUAAUUUUCGACCAUUAUUUUAUGAGCCAAUUAAUGUGAAAGAUGAAAAAUGGGGUAAAAUUGGAGAAAAUGAAACAACGGGACUUUUAGGUGAAGCUGUCGAUAGAAAAGCGGCAUUUUAUCUUGGUGAUUUACAUUAUACAACGAGACAUUUAAAUAUCGUUGAUUUAGCAUGGCCUUAUAAUAUUGAAUGUUUAACAUUUUUAACACCCGAAUCGCUAACUGAAAACUCAUGGAAAUUAUUAAUUCAACCCUUUGAUCUUUAUUCAUGGAUAUUGGUGAUUCUAACGCUUAUAAUAGCGGGUAUAGUAAUAUUUCUCUUUGCUCUACUAUACGAGAGACGAAUAAUUUUUUGGAAAAUUGGUGACAAAAAUAUUGAGAAAACAAAGGAAUUACUUGGAAUUUUUAAUAAUUUAAAAAAUCAAGGGAAAAAUGAAUUAAAAGAUGAAUUUAUGAAUGAAAUGGAAGGACUUUAUUUAUUUAGUGAACCUACAAAUAGUAUGUUAUAUACUUAUAGUAUGUUAUUGCAAGUUUCUUUGCCACUGUUACCGCGAGCAUUUGCAGUGAGAAUAUUAAUUGGAUGGUGGUGGAUUUACGCUAUUUUAAUUACUUGUUCAUAUCGAGCAAGUUUAACAGCCGCACUUGCAAAUCCCACACUUAGAGUGACAAUAGACACAAUUGAAGAAUUAUCGAAUAAUUUAAUAAAAGUUGGCAGUUGGGGCGAGGAGAAGAAAGAAUAUUUUCUAUUGUCUGGCGAUGAGAAUUUACAAAAAAUUGGCAAUCGAUUUGAGGAGAUCUCUAAUGAGAAUGAUGCUGUUAAUCGUGUGGCAAAGGGAAAAUUUUGUUAUUAUGAAAAUAUUUUUGUAUUACAACAAGUACGUGUGAGACGGCAAAUAUUUGAAUAUGAAUUAAAAAGAAAUUCAACGGAUAAUAAUGGUAAUAUUGGAGAGGAAAGAAAUUUACAUGUCAUGGAGGAAUGUGUUGUCAAUAUGCCAGUAUCGAUAGGAUUAGAUAAGAAUUCACCUUUGAAACCUCGCGUUGAUCAAUUGGUAAAACGAGCCAUUGAAGUGGGAUUAUUACAAAAAUGGUUGAAAGACGCAAUGGAAUGGUCAAAAAUAGCGGAGAUGAAACAAGAAAAUGAAGCUGAGAAAGCAAUUGCAAAUUUACGAAAAUUACAAGGCGCCUUAGUGGCAUUGGCAGUUGGAUAUUUUUUAGGUUUUUUUGCAUUAUUCGCGGAAAUUUUAUAUUGGAAAUACAUUGUCAUGAGGAAUCCAUUAUUCGAUAAGUAUCAUUUGGAUUUAUUUUACAAGGAUAAAUUUUGAAAAAAAAUUUUUAAUUUGACUAAUUAGAAGAUUUAGUAAUGAAUUUAAUAAAUUUCAAUUUAUUAUAUUAA